AUCAUCAACACUUGCUUACGUACGAUCCCAUAAUUAACUACUAGUUAUACUAAACCACGAAAUCCAACAAUGGCCAAGCACGACGAUAUCAAUGCUAGCAGCAUCGAGAACCAAGAUGAGGCAUGGGUUAUCGACUUGAUAGAAAAAGCCAUGCCACCACCUUCGUCAUCCACACGAAUCCACAGAGUCCCGGAGAUUGUGUUGAGAGAGAUGGGCGAUUACGAGAAAUACUAUGUUCCAAAGGUUGUUUCCAUCGGUCCAUACCAUUAUGGCAACCCGAAGCUCCAGUCUAUCGAGAAACUCAAGCCUGUUUUCACCAAGGAGCUCCUCUCACGUUCUGAGCAUAACGAGCGCCUUAGCAGCUUGUACAAAUAUCUUGGGGCAGCGAAUAUGGUGAAAGAGUUAAGAGGUUUCUAUGAAGAGAAGUCAACAGACCAUCUCUCCGAUAAGGAAUUCACUACGAUGAUGUUGCUGGACGGAUGUUUUAUUUUGUAUUAUAUUCUAUUUAUCUACGGAGAGAAACCUGGAAGUUGUCGAGAGCUGAGAAGCCAUAAGAUCGUGUUAAUCAACCGAGACUUGUUCUUGCUGGAAAACCAAAUUCCGUUCAAAGUUCUAAACAAUGUGAUGGAUUUGAUGAAACUUGAUAGGCGUGACAAGUUUCUAUUGUUCUUCGCUGACAACAUUUUGUCACGGAGGCAGAUAAGAGGGUGGUUCCUUUUCGGAAGCAGUUCAACCCAAACUUAUCAAAAUUCUGGAAGAGAAUCACAUGGAAGCUACGAAUUCGUAGGUGAUCAUCUACUCCAUCGUCUGCAUACUGGGCUUACAGAACCAAGUACCAUGAAUGAAUCCCACAGGAAUUCCUACGGUCAUAAAAAUACUUUUCAUAACGUUAGAGAACUUGAAUAUGUCGGGAUCCAUUUCAGGCCGAGUAGCGUUAUGUCUUUGGCUCAUGUGGAGUUUGCUGGACGGUGGUGGUGGUGGUUUUCAGCAUAUGUAAAACUACCUCCGAUAACCGUGGACGAUUCCACCAAGCCCAUGUUAUUAAACUUAAUAGCUUAUGAAAUGUGCGCAGAAGACGCACAUGAUGCAUGGGUUACCUCCUACAUGUGUCUCCUGAAUUCUCUCAUCGAUCACCCUGAGGACGUGAAGGCUCUUCGUAAAGCUGGGGUCAUUGAUAACUCCCUUGGGAGUGAUCAAGAAAUUGCGACACUCUUCAACGAAAUAGGCACCGGUUUGGUGCCAAACAAUGCAACAUAUUCGAAAGCUAAAUACCAAAUCCAAAGGUCUUAUGAAAACUUGGCGAAAUCAAAGUUUUGUGAAAUCAGGCACGAGUACAUCAUUAACCCAACGGCAGUUUUUACUGUGUUAGCUCUUUUUCUUACUGCUGUUCAAACUUUCUUCGCUAUCUGGAGUAUCAAAGGCAAGUGAUGAGAUGAUCUAUGCAUGUUUUUGAAGAUGGAACAUCGAUUAUUAGAUCCAGCGAUGAUGGCUUUUCUUACUGCAUUUACAUUGUUUAUCUGUUUUGUUUUGGUCGUGCAUGUUGUGUUGUGCUUUUGAAAGAGAUAAUAAUUGUGUAUGCGUUGUGUGUUUCCACUUGUAUUCGGUAACAAUAACUUUUUCUAAAUAUAUGAUCUAUGAGUAAUAUAAUCAUUAGCUAAUGAUCUCAUCAAACUAAUCCGAUGUCUAUUAUUGAAAUUAGAGAAGGGACCUCUAUUUAGGACCGGUAAUUCUCAACACGACACGCGACACGACCCGCGAAAUAAACGGGUUUUGGUUGAGUUU